GCAGCCCGGCAGUGACUCUCGGAAGGCUCGGGAGGACAGUGCUGCCGCAGCCGGACUGCUAGCGGCAAGGAGAAGUGUCGGAGGCUGUGUGUUAAAGCCGGGUGCUCCUCGCCCCCCUGGGGCGCUCUGUGAUCAGCUCAGGGGGUUUAGUCCAGCUGCAGCACCCCAACCUAAUGAUCAUUUCUCACACCACAGUGUAGGCUUGUGUGUGGCUAAAUCUUCACGUUCUUCCCAAAUUAAUUCUGAUCCUGAGGUGCCUCUGCUUUUCUGGGCAAUGAGCACUGUCUCAGGCUAAAGCUGAAAACGGUUUAAUUUUUCUCCUGUAACCCUUUGCCUCUGCUCCUCACCUCAGGACAGCAGUGAUGACAUUGAAGAUGUGUCUCUCUUUGAUGCAGAUGAUGAUGUAUCUAGGAGAUCCAAAAAGUCAAAAAUAAGGCACCCAGUGGCAUCAUUUUUCCACUUGUUCUUCCGAGUCAGUGCCAUCGUUGUUUACCUGCUCUGUGAGCUCUUAACCAGCAGCUUCAUUGCCUGCAUGGUGACCAUCAUCCUCCUGCUGUCCUGUGACUUCUGGGCUGUAAAGAACGUCACAGGGCGGCUCAUGGUUGGCCUUCGCUGGUGGAACCAGGUGGAUGAUGAUGGCAGAAGUCACUGGGUGUUUGAAGCCAGGAAGGUAUCAGCACAAGGGGGUAAAAGCUCCUCUGAAGCAGAGUCCCGGAUUUUCUGGCUAGGCCUGAUCACCUGCCCUAUGAUAUGGGUGAUCUUUGCCUUCAGUGCUCUCUUCUCUUUCAAAGUGAAGUGGUUGGCCGUGGUGGUGAUGGGGGUGGUGCUGCAGGGAGCCAACCUCUACGGCUACAUCAGGUGUAAAGUUGGCAGCAGGAAGAACCUGACCAGCAUUGCAACCAGCUACCUGGGGAAGCAGUUCCUGCGGCAGACCAUGGCUACAGAGAACCAAGCAGCAUCCUGAGUAUGGUGGGAGCCUCCAGCCAGGCUGCAUUCCCAGCAGUGACCAACAGAGAAGCUUGCUCUGACCAGUUUGGGAGCUGCACACAAGGUGUGAAUCAAAAGAAGUAAAUAAAUUGUGCAAGACUGGAGGUUAAUACUCCUGGCAACUUAUAUUCCAUUUUCCACUAGCAGUUUGUGUUUAAGUCCUCUCUUUAGUUUGAUUAACAAGAAUUAAUUUGCUUAAACUUUAAAUUAAAAGAUAGCCUGAGUGAGUUUCAUA